AAAAACUUUAGAUUCACUCCACCAAAUAAAGACUUUUUUUCCCUCUUACUUUUCAUAUCUGUUUUCUUGAUUUCCUAUUCACUUGAUCAUCCAAAAAUGCAAAAUUCCCAUUUUUCAUCAAUGGAAAAAAUCAAUUUCAGAACAAAAGUUCUAAGCAGACACUUAAAUCAAGAAAAUCCAACCCCAAAUUCAAUAAUCCAAUCAUUUCCAUGUUUAAGUUACACCCCACCUGAAUUAUCAGAACAAUCAUCCAUUUUUGACAUAAAAGAAAUGAGAAAACUAAUGGAUGGUCAUAAUUUAGUAGAUAGAGACUGGCUUUUUGGUUUAAUGUUACAAAGCAAUUUGUUUAAUCCAAUAAAAAGAGGUGGAAAAGUGUUUGUUCAACCUGAUUAUAAUCAUUCUAAAGAACAACAAAGGGAAAUUACUAUGAGGAGAAUUUGGUACCUUCUUGAACAUGGGGUUUUUGAAAAAUGGCUAACUGGUAAAGGACAUGAAGAUGAGUUGAGAAAAUUGGCUUUAUUGGAUGUUGUUGGGAUUUUUGAUCAUUCACUUGCUAUCAAGAUUGGUGUCCAUUUUUUCCUAUGGGGCGGUGCGAUCCAGUUUUUUGGUACCAAACGACAUCAUGAUAAAUGGUUGAAGGACACAGAGAAUUACGUGGUUAAAGGUUGCUUCUCGAUGACAGAGUUGGGGCAUGGAAGUAAUGUUCGAGGUAUUGAAACAGUAACAACGUAUGAUUCGAGCACCGGAGAGUUUGUCAUAAAUACUCCGUGUGAAUCAGCUCAGAAGUACUGGAUUGGAGGCGCAGCUAAUCAUGCAACACAUACUAUAGUUUUCUCCCAGCUCAUCAUUGACGGGAAAAAUCAAGGUGUCCAUGCUUUUAUCGCUCAGAUCAGAGAUGAAAAUGGAAACAUUUGCCCAAACGUCCGUAUAGCUGAUUGUGGUCACAAGAUUGGCUUGAAUGGAGUUGACAACGGCAGAAUCUGGUUUGACAAUGUCCGUGUACCCAGAGAAAAUUUGUUAAAUUCAGUGGCGGAUGUUUCUCCAGAUGGAAAAUAUCUUACUGCUAUUAAGGACCCUGACCAGAGAUUUGCAGCAUUUUUGGCUCCUUUGACAUCUGGUCGUGUGACAAUUGCAGCUAGUGCAACUUACUCAGCAAAGAUUGGUUUGGCAACUGCAAUAAGAUACUCGCUGACAAGGAGAGCAUUUUCGGCUACUCCUAAUGGACCUGAAGUUCUUAUACUUGAUUACCCAAGUCAUCAACGGCGACUUCUUCCUCUUCUUGCAAAAACGUAUGCUAUGAGCUUUGCUUCUAAUUACCUGAAAAUGAUAUAUGUCAAGAGGACACCUGCGAUGAACAAAACUAUUCAUGUUGUUUCAAGUGCAUUCAAAGCUACCACAAGUUGGCAUAACAUGCGAACUCUUCAGGAAUGUCGUGAAGCCUGUGGAGGCCAAGGGUUGAAGACUGAAAAUCGGGUUGGCCAGCUAAAAGGUGAAUAUGAUGUCCAGUCUACUUUUGAGGGUGACAACAAUGUUCUUAUGCAACAGGUUAGCAAGGCACUUUUUGGGGAAUAUGUUUCAGCCAAAAGGAGUAAGAAGCCGUUCAAAGAAUUGGGAUUAGAACACAUGAACAACUCUCGACCCGUCAUACCUUCACAACUCACAAGUUCUACAAUGAGGCAAGCCCAGUUCCAGAACGACAUAUUCUGCCUACGAGAACGUGAUCUGUUGGAACGUUUUGCUGCUGAAGUUUCCCUAUGCCAGUCACAGGGAAAAAGCAAAGAAUAUGCUUUUACUUUGAAUUAUCAGCUUGCUGAAGACCUCGGGAGAGCCUUCUCAGACCGAGCAGUUCUGCAUACUUUUCUUGAGGCAGAGGCAUCCGUCACAUCUGGCUCCCUUAAGAAUAUUUUGGGUCUCGUGAGAUCGAUGUAUGCUUUGGUCACACUAGAAGAGGAUGCUGCAUUCCUCCGAUACGGAUACUUAUCGACGGAUAACGCUUCUAUGGUGAGAAAAGAAGUUGCAAAUCUUUGCAGUGAACUAAGGCCACACGCUCUGUCCUUGGUCAGUUCCUUCGGCUUACCCGACGCCUUCUUGGGCCCGAUAGCUUUCAAUUGGGUUGAAGCCAAUGCUUGGUCUUCUGAACAGAACUAGCUCGCCGUUCAUAGAUAUACUACAAGGAGUAAAAAGAUGUCAUAACAUGGUUAAUUUAUUCUUGCAACUAAUGUGCUUCCCGUGAACUAAUGUGCUUCCCAUGAAUAACAAUAGGCUAUUUUGCAUUGUUUUCUUCCAGAAAAUAAGUAUAUUUCACUUUUUCUGUUGCAUCAUUUAAAGGACAGAUACUUUUACUCAUAAAUAAAAUGUUAUUUGAUCC